AUGCCCGCCUCCGUGUCCGUGCUGUUCGUGUGCCUGGGCAACAUCUGCCGCUCGCCCAUGGCCGAGGCCGUCUUCCGCGACCUCGUUGCCCGCCGCCCGCCCACCACCGUCGCCUUCGACACCAUCGACUCGUGCGGCACUGCCGCCUACCACGUCGGCGCCUCGCCCGACCCGCGCACCAGCGCCACCCUGCGCCGACACGGCAUCACCACGUACCGCCACGCCGCCCGCCAGGUCGCCCGCGCCGACUUCACCACCUUCGACUACAUCUUCGCCAUGGACCCCUCCAACCUCGCCGACCUGCUGCAGCUGCGUGCCCGCGUGGCCCACGACAACCACAACAACAGCGGUGCCCUGGCCGAAGUGCGCCUGCUGGGCGACUUCCAGCCGGGCGUCCCCGUGGCUGCACCCGCCGGCGACGGCCAGCCCGUGCCCGACCCGUACUACGGCGGCGACGACGGCUUCGAGCAAAUCUACCACCAGAUCGUCGGCCACGCUGAGGCCUUCCUGCACCACCUCGAGAGUCGGAGUAGAACAGCAUAG